CUGAUAUCAGUCAGUAUAUUGUCUUCAUACAGCACAGUUUCACUUAAGUCUCAAAUCAUCAGCAGUUGUUUCAGUACGGAAUCCACAGGAUCCAUGAAUGAGACAUUUUAACAAAUCUGCUUUCAGCUAAGAUUUUACACUGGUUACACAAUUUUCUCAUUUCUGGUGUGUGUUUCCUCAGAGGACUGAUCUUAUUUUAAUGAAGAGAUGAAGACAGAAAAGCAAAUCAUUCUUUUCAUUUGUUUGUUACAAGGUGUUUGGUGUGAAGAUUGGCCCAUCAGUCUGCCAGAGAAGAUUGAAGCUCUGAGUGGAUCCUGUGUGACCAUAAACUGCAGAUUUACUAUUGAUAACAAAUAUGACAAAGAUCUCACUGACAGUGCUGGAGGAGUGUGGUAUAAAAAGGGGCUUCAAGACAACAACAUUGUGUUUAACUCCAGCAACUCCAAACUCUCUUUUAAAGGGGAAAUAACUGGAAAAUUAAAAGACAAGGACUGCACCACCAUCUUUUAUAAUGUUACUUCAAAUGACAAAGGCAGAUUUAACUUCAGGAUUGAGGGCAAUGGUGGACUGAAAUAUAUCUAUAAAGAAAAGUCUGUUGAAUUAGCUGUGAUCGACUCUCCCCACAAACCCACAGUGCAGAUAUUUAAGGAUCAGAUGAAGGUUGAGGUUCAGGAGGAGGUGUUAGAGGGGAGCUCUAUGUGUCUGCGCUGCUCUGCUAAGACUCUCUGCUCCUCUUCUCCACCAACUCUCACAUGGAGCUCCACUGACAGACUCCACCUCAAUGACAGCAGCAGACGACAGCUGGAUCAACAGAAACAAACUGAGAUCAUCUCUGAUCUGAACUUCACUGCUACUCACCUUCAACAUGAAGUCACUUUCAUCUGCACUAUAACCUACCAGAUACAACAGAGGAUCACAACAGCACAGAACAACAUCACAUUACGUGUUCAGUAUGCUCCUAAAAACACAUUAGUGUCUGUGUUUCCAUCUAACUCUGUACUGGAGGGCAGUUCAGUGACUUUGAUCUGCAGCAGUGAUGGAAAUCCAGCAGUGUUCAACUACACCUGGUACAGAGAGAAUGAAGGACAGCUGGAGGAGCUGCAGACUGGAUAUAAUCUCACCUUCAAUGUGACUGAUCGUACACACACAGGACGCUACUACUGUCAAGCCAGAAACCAACAUGGUACCCAAAACAAAUCAGUGUUGCUGGACAUUCAGUGUGAGUAUUAA